AUCGGAGGCUGCAGGGCGGGGAGAGUGUGGCCCAGGCUGCCGGAGCGGACACCGAUCAUCUGGACCCGGCACGGCUGCGGUUGUGGACCUGCACCUCUUUUCAGGGAUUUUUCUUUUUUUAAAAAAAACACAAUUUCCUCCAGAAAAACAGCUAAAGGAGUCCCGGGAGUUUACACUCAACCGAGAGCCUUCAGAGCGGUGCGAUGGAGGAUGGGAAGCCGGUGUGGGCGCCCCACCCAACGGACGGGUUCCAGCUGGGGACCAUAGUGGACAUCGGCACUGACAGCCUCACCAUCGAACCUCUCAAACAGAGGGGGAAGACAUUCUUGGCUCCCAUCAACCAGGUCUUCCCUGCAGAGGAUGAUGUCAACAAACACGUGGAGGAUAACUGUUCCUUGAUGUACUUGAAUGAAGCCACUCUGCUCAACAAUGUUCGUGUGAGAUACAGCAAAGACAAAAUUUAUACGUUUGUAGCCAACAUCCUCAUCGCAGUGAACCCGUACUAUGACAUCCCAAAGCUUUACUCGCCGGAGACCAUCAAGCAGUACCGGGGCCGGUCUCUGGGCACGCUGCCGCCACACGUGUAUGCCAUUGCUGAUAAGGCGUACAGGGACAUGAAGGUCCUGAAGAUGAGCCAGUCCAUCAUCGUCUCAGGGGAGUCUGGGGCCGGGAAGACCGAAAACACCAAGUUUGUGCUCAGAUAUUUGACAACCUCGUACGGAACAGGUCAGGACAUAGACGAGAGAAUAGUGGAAGCGAACCCUCUGCUGGAGGCUUUCGGAAACGCGAAGACUGUCCGGAACAACAACAGCAGUCGCUUUGGAAAGUUUGUGGAAAUCCACUUCAACGAGAAGAACGCCGUGGUGGGCGGCUUCGUGUCACACUACCUGCUGGAGAAGUCGAGGAUCUGCAGACAAAGCCCGGAGGAGAGAAACUACCACAUCUUCUACCGACUGUGUGCCGGAGCGCCCGAGGACAUCCGGCAGAAGUUCCACCUCAGCUCCCCGGACACGUUCAGGUACCUGAACAGAGGAUGCACUCGCUUCUUUGCUUCCAAAGACACAGACAAACAGAUCCUGCAGAAUCGCAAGAGCCCAGAGCACAUGAAGUCGGGCCCUCUGAAGGACCCGCUGCUGGAUGACCACGGCGACUUCAACAGGAUGUGCGUGGCCAUGAAGAAGAUCGGCCUGGACGACACGGAGAAACUGGACCUGUUCAGGGUGGUGGCCGGCGUGCUGCACCUCGGGAACAUCGACUUCGAGGAGGCUGGAAGCACAUCAGGCGGCUGCGCCAUCAAGAACCAGUCGAGUCAGACUCUGGAGCACUGUGCCGAGCUGCUGGGCCUGGAGGAGGAGGACCUGAGAGUCAGCCUCACCACCAGGGUCAUGCUCACAACAGCAGGGGGCGCCAAAGGAACGGUCAUCAAAGUGCCGCUCAAAGUCGAGCAGGCCAACAACGCUCGGGACGCCCUGGCGAAGGCCGUGUACAGCCGCCUGUUCGACCACGUGGUGACCAGGGUCAACCAGUGCUUCCCCUUCGACUCCUCCGCCAACUUCAUCGGCGUCCUGGACAUCGCUGGUUUUGAGUACUUUGAACACAACAGCUUCGAGCAGUUCUGCAUAAACUACUGUAACGAGAAGCUGCAGCAGUUCUUCAACGAGCGCAUCCUGAAAGAGGAGCAAGAGCUGUACCAGAGGGAGGGGCUCGGAGUCAACGAGGUUCACUAUGUCGACAAUCAGGACUGCAUAGACCUGGUGGAGGCCAAGCUGCUCGGCAUCCUGGACAUCCUGGACGAGGAGAACCGACUACCUCAACCCAGCGACCAGCACUUUACCGACACCGUUCACAACAAACACAAGGACCACUUCCGUCUGACGGUACCCAGGAAGUCUAAGCUGGCCGUCCACAGGAACGUGAGGGACGAUGAGGGAUUUAUUAUCAGACACUUUGCAGGAGCCGUGUGCUACGAGACGACCAAGUUUGUGGAGAAGAACAACGACGCCCUGCACAUGUCUCUGGAGUGUCUGGUCAGCGAGUCCAAGGACCGCUUCGUCCGCGAGCUGUUCGAAAACAGCAACAACAGCAAAGACGUCAAGCAGAAGGCGGGAAAACUCAGCUUCAUCAGCGUCGGCAACAAGUUUAAGACCCAGCUGAAUAUUCUCCUGGAAAAGCUCCGCAGCACGGGCUCCAGUUUCAUUCGCUGCAUUAAACCGAACCUGAAGAUGGUCAGCCACCAGUUUGAAGGAGCUCAGAUCCUGUCCCAGCUGCAGUGCUCCGGUAUGGUGUCAGUGCUGGACCUGAUGCAGGGCGGCUUCCCUUCCAGAGCUCCCUUCCAUGAACUCUACAACAUGUACCAGAAGUACAUGCCUCCCAAACUCACCCGCCUCGACCCUCGGCUCUUCUGCAAGGCUUUGUUCAAAGCUCUGGGCCUGAAUGAGAACGACUACAAGUUCGGUCUGACCAGAGUGUUUUUCCGGCCCGGGAAGUUUGCAGAGUUCGACCAGAUCAUGAAGUCGGACCCGGAUCACCUGGCAGAGCUGGUGAAGAAAGUCAACAAGUGGCUCAUCCACAGCCGGUGGAAGAAGGUCCAGUGGUGCGCUCUGUCCGUCAUCAAAUUGAAGAACAAGAUCUUGUAUCGGACCAGCGCCUGUAUCAAGAUGCAGAAGACCGUUCGGAUGUGGCUCUGCAAGAGGAAGCACAAGCCUCGGAUCGACGGGUUAGUGAAGGUGCGUAACCUGAAGAAGAGGAUGGAUCGCUUCAACGAGGUGGUGGCCGGGCUGAAGGAGGGCAAACAGGAGAUGAGCAGGCAGAUCCAGGAGCUCGAGGCCGCCAUCGACACGCUGAUGGUCAAAAUCAAGAGCACCAUCAUGACCCGAAUCGAUAUCGACCACGAGUACCAGGCCCUGGUGACCCGCUCGGAGCAGCUGCUGACGGCCAUGCAGAACAAGAAGAAGGAGGAGGAGGAGCGGGAGCGGCUGCGGCGCAUCCAGGAGGAGAUGGAGAGGGAGAGGAAGAGGAGAGAGGAGGAGGAGCAGCGCCGCAAGCAGGAGGAGGAGGACCGGCGACUGAAAGCAGAGAUGGAGCUGAAGAGGAAGCAGGAAGAGGAGGAGAGGAAGAGGAGGGAGGAGGAGGAGAGGAGGAUUCAGAUGGAGAUGGAGCUGCAGCUGCAGGCGGAGCGGGAGGAGGAGGUGGCUCGGCAGGCCGUCCUGGAGCAGGAGAGGAGGGACAGGGAGCUGGCCCUGAGGAUCGCCCAGAGCGAGGCUGAGCUCAUCCCAGAGGAGGUGCAGAACGACACAGGCCUGCGCAGCAACGGCUCCUCAGUCCCGUCAUCUCCAGAGAGAGCAGCCUCUGCUGGAACCACAAAGCUCAAGAACUUGACCAUGGAAGAGAUGGCGAAGGAAAUGACUGAACUUCUGGCUCGAGGUCCACAGGUCCAGGCCUCCAAAGCUGCUGCCGGAGCCAAGAAGUACGAGCUGAGCAAGUGGAAGUACGCCGAGCUGCGGGACGCCAUCAAUACCUCAUGUGACAUCGAGCUCCUGGCCGCCUGCAGGGAGGAGUUUCACCGCCGGCUCAAAGUUUACCACGCCUGGAAGUCAAAGAACAAGAAGAGAAACACGGAGACGGAGCAGAGAGCGCCGAAGUCUGUCACCGACUACGAUCAUGCACCACCUGUGAGAAAAGCAUCCCAGCAGAACCCAGCCCCGCCCAUUCCGGCCCGGCAGUACGAGGUGGCGAUGAACCGGCAGCAGCGAUACUUCCGCAUCCCGUUCAUCCGACCGGGCGACCAGUACAAAGACCCCCAGAACAAGAAGAAGGGCUGGUGGUACGCUCACUUCGACGGGCCCUGGAUCGCCAGGCAGAUGGAGCUGCAUCCUGAUAAACACCCCAUCCUGCUGGUGGCAGGAAAGGACGACAUGGAGAUGUGCGAGCUGAGUCUGGAGGAGACGGGCCUGUCGAGGAAGAGAGGAGCAGAAAUCCUCCCCCGGCAGUUCGAGGAGAUCUGGGAGCGCUGCGGGGGGAUCCAGUACCUCCGCAGCGCCAUCGAGAGCCGACAGGCUCGACCCACCUACGCCACGGCCAUGCUGCAGAGCAUGUUUAAGUGACGGAGCCGGGGGCUGCUCACCGCAAACAAAGGGACGAACGCACCAGCUACCUAACACAGAUGGCGUCUGAGCGCUCUGCACCAGGUUCUGACUGUAGGGAAUUCACGUGAACAGAGAUCUGUCUCCACUGUCCUUUUCUUCUUCUUCUGUUGUUAAGUUUUUGUUCUUGCUGGCUUUCAGUUCCUUGAUGGGGGGGGAUUGGGGGGGAGGGGGGGUGAGGACGAGGGGGAGAGGGCAGGGAAGUUUUGCAUUGAACCCUAUGCAGAGAAAUUCUACACAGUGAUCACACCUGGUUGUUUUCUCUCCUCUGUAACGUUUCUAACUACGAGGCCUUAACACUACUUUAACAGGGUUUAUUGCCAGAAGUAGGAUUUUUUUUUUUUGUUCAAAGCUGCCUCCCCAAACAAGAAAACUCUGAUUCCUCUGUAAUUAUGCAUUCCUGAUUAUUUCACUGAAGUCUCACUGGUGUGUCGCUUCCAUCCUAACAGCGAGCUGCUGACCGCUCUCUGACUUCAGACCUGCUGUUUACAUUGUCUUCAUGUUCUUACAGGGCAAAAAAAAAAACUUGCACAAAGAGUUGUGAGCUCUGACCGAGAGGCAGCGCUGCAUGAGUCAGAUUAUUCCUCCUGACGGCUCGUAAUUCAGUCCAAUAUUUCCUGAUACCUUCUGUCUUUCCAACCGAAUGUAACCUGAGACCUCGUUGAUUUGUUCCUGUAGUGAUUCCUUCUUUCUUCUGAUGACCUGUGAUUUUACGUGUAAAGUUAAUGAGAAAGGUCCAGAAGCUUCUGACUCUGAGGCCAGACGCGGCUCGGAUCAUGAAGCCGUGUCGGGUUUCUGUGGACAGAGCAGUAACUCCGCUCCGUGAUUGGUUUUCGUCUGGGUUUAUCGAGCAAAGCAGAAAAUGUGAAUUAAUUAUGCAACUGCUGAGAUGCAACUCCAGGUGUUGCUGCUGUGUGAGAGCAGAUCCUCAGCACAGCCACUCUCAUCAUCUUCACUCUUUCAAUUUGAUUAAUUUGCCAACACAGUGAUUCCCAAGGUUGUUUCACAUGUUUUUCAUUGACAUUAUCUUUAAAUAUGAAAUCUUCAUUUGGCUGUUUGCUCAUUAAAGUCACCUGAUUCCUGAAAUCUGAAAUCUCCCGUCAGAUUGGACGUGUGUGUGUGAAGAAGCUGGACGACGCACUGGUUCUCAGCCUUGAACUGGAACAUUCAUACAACACUGAAAUAUUUUCUCUACAGUGAAACAGUAUGUGCAGAAGCAGUGAUUUUCCUGCUGCGACGUAAAAGUUUAUUUUUGGAAGAACAGUUUCUACUUCAGCUGAUCGGGCGCGUGAGAUUAAGAGAAGCAAUAAGUGGCGUGAGCUGAGCUCAGAGAGGAAACAGGCCUCCUGUCGCGUACAGAAACACCUCAAAGACAAUCUGCUUUUCACCCGAGGCUGCUAACUUUCUGCUCCCUGAGCUUUCUGCUCCCUUUCAUGCUCUUCUCUGCACCAGAAGCAGGUGACUUUGAUUGUCUGAGCGUAUGAAGAUGUGUCUUGUUGCAAAGUAGCUGAUCCUCCAUUUUACACCAGGCAUCAACAUGCAGGAGAGCAGCUGAAAAUCGAUGAACGAAUGAGAUGAAUGAGUGAAUGUCUGACAGCGACAGCAGAGACCUUCAGCUCAGAACAUCUCUAAGCUUUUCCUUUAUAGAACGGCUGAUUCUAUGUGUUGCAAACGUUAAAAUCCCGUCGCUGACACGUUGUGGAAACGUUUGUAAUGGUACGUUUAAAAUCAGACUGGUUUCACACACAGUCCGUUAGUUUCCAAACUAAGAAACUUUAUCAAAGGUGGAUGGCAGGAACAAAACAGACUCAUUUCAACAGAGAUGAAGAGUCAGUGUGAACAGAUCAGAACAUCCUGCUCCUGCCUCAGACUCACUGAGACCAGGAAAUACACUGUCUCGCCUCUGUCUGCAUGUUGAUGCCGAGUGUAAAGGGGCCACGCUCUGAGCAUCGCAACCUCGAAAUGUUUCCUCAGAUGUAAAAGAAAACCUCCUGCGUUUGCUACGGUCGGUUUCUCUCCACACGUUACAAUCAUUCCUCGGGAAGCACUGCCCUCACCCACUGUCGUUUUUCUAACGCUGAUCUCUAACAGACGAAUAAAUGCAUUCCAUGUUU